CAGACCGGAGUCUGUUCACUUCCAAGCAAGUCUGACUAAAGGGGGGAACAGUACUCUUUUGACUUAGUUUCUGGAUUCUUCACAACAUUCUCCUCAGAAAAACGUUCUCUGUUUCCUCACGCGCUCAAAGGCAACAAGAAGAGAGUGAAGAAGAAGCAAUAAGAGGACUUAUUCAUACUUUUUGUGAUUGGAUUGAAAAGCACGUGCAGACGGUUUUAGCCACUGGACCCUUUCAGAGACUGAGAAGUGAGGUCAUCCUGUAAUACAUCCUCCCUUGGCGGAGUGGCUCCAGCUUUGCUGUUAGUCAUACUUUGAAGAGACAAACACACACACACACACACACACACAGAGCAACAAUGGUGGCCGGAAUGGUGAUGCCCUUGGUGGACUUGAGGGCCAUCUACGAGCUCCUGUUUCGCGAUGGUGUCAUGGUGGCCAAGAAAGACAAGCGGCCCCAGACCAAGCACCCAGAGAUCCCCAGCGUGGGAAACCUGCAGGUGAUCCGCGCCAUGGCCUCCCUCAAGUCCAGGGGCUACUUGAGGGAGACUUUUGCCUGGAGGCACUUCUAUUGGUACCUGACCAACGAGGGCAUUGUUUACCUGCGCGACUACCUCCGUCUACCUGCUGAGAUCGUCCCCUCUUCCCUGCAAAGGGUUCACCGUCCAACAGCAACCUUGGCCAUUGCCCAAAAGGCAGCGCGUGGGGUCCAGUCAGUGGACGGCCCCACAUCUUAUGUCCCCAAACCUGGCAGGGAAGAGAGUCAGGAGGCGAUGGCUGAGCGCCAGGUCUACCGACACAGGAGGCUGGACGCAGCCGAGGAGGAAGGCCCCUCUGACAGGACGCCAAGGUUCAGAGGUCGCCCGAUGGCCACCGAGCCAGUCAGACCAAGAGCAUCAUGGGAAUCUGAGUCCCAGGCCCAGCCUCCCCUGUGGAAGGGGCGGGGCUUCCGCACUGAGGCUUCAAUGAUGGAGGAAAGCCAGGGGAAGAGGGCCUCCACGGUUACCUUCUCUCAGACCACUGAGGCUAGUAGCAGUAAAGCAGUGGCGUCCUCUCAGGAGAAGAUCAUCACUAAGGUUCGUGCAGAAAGGUCCCAGGUGGUUCCGGUUCAGAAAAAUUCUACUUCAACACAUGAAUCACAGGUCAGCAUCAAGUCAGUCUCCUCCAAAACAGCCCUCCCAUUAGCUGUUACUGCAGUAGCUAGUGCUGCAGGAGCUGGGGCUGCAUUAGUGAAGGUCUCAGCUGAAUCCUCUUUCAAUAAAGCAGUUAUAGAGAAGCCCAAGAAAGCUGCAGCAGUUGAGGAGGCCCCCAAAGUCUCUGCUGAACCUGUACCCAGUAAGCCAGCCAUCCCAGCACCCCUGCUCCCUACUAAAGAGAUUAAGGAGGAGAAAAAAACAGAAGUGAACGUGAUUCCAGAACCCAAGAAAGCAUCAGAAAUGACUGUCCCCCGAGAGACCCCCAAACUCUCAGCCGAACCCACCGAAUCAUUCAAAGUUGAUAUCACUGAUCCCUUAUCAGGGGUCAGUGGCAGAGACAGUGUUGUCACUGAAAAGGUUAUUGAAAAGGUUAUUGAAACUAAAAAAGGGAUGAUUGAAGAAUGCUCCAAAUCAAAGAAGAAGAAAAAAUCUCCCAGAGAAAUAACGAAGGCUGUGAUGGCUGAAUCACCUGUCACAAAGGUAUUCCCAGAAAAAGGACUGAAGACCCCCGAGGAAGAGACACAGGAGCCCCCCAAACCCCCACCAGCUUUUACAUCAUCAAUAAAGCCCAAGGGACCAGAAUCUACUAAAGGACCUAAGGCUGAGGUUCAAAAAUCAAAUGAGGCUGAUCAUCAGACCCCCAAACCAGCAGUGGAACAGAGCAACACUAAGUCUAUAGUAUCACAAGCUGCAACCCAUCCCAUUGCAGCCCCUCAGGUGCAGGAGAAAGCUGAGACGAGCAAUAAAGUGACCUCAGGCUCAUCUGGAAAAUUCCACCACGUGUCAGAGAUGAGUGUCACUAAAGUGGAAAUGGUGAAAGUGCAGAAGACCAUAAAGAUGGAGAUGACACAGGAAGCCCUCAAACCUGUGGAGGUUACCUUUACACUGCCACCGCAACCACCACAACCUGCCAUAGUGUCGGAGGCUAAAGCCCCUAUAGAAACAGCUGUGGUUGAUUCAUCAAAGGCAAAAAAAGCUAAAAAGAAAAAGCAGAUUUCUUCCCCAGACCGUGAGACCACAACCACAAAAUCAUUAUCUCCACCCGCAGCUAAAACAUUAUCACCAACAGAGAAGGUGUCGAUGACCAUGGCCGCUGUUAAGGUUGACCUCCUAAACACCCCUGGGGCAAAAGUAAUGGACUGCUCUCCAAAGAUGCCUCAGGAAGGAAUGUGGUCUGAGGAAACCAGCAUGGCAGCAGCUGUGCAGGCUGGGGCCCCUGCUUUAGACAAAGGAGAGGCGGAGCCUGCCCAGCUCUCUGCUGAAAAAAAACGGGAGGACUCGAAAACAAAAACCUCCUCUGCAAGGGAAGCACCCGUUGCAGCCGGAGAGACAGCGUCAGCCGGAGCCGAGGCACGGGCCAGCCUACACACUGAGCAGGGGGAGCUUCCCAGAGUUGUUGCACAACACGCUCUAACAGCAGCACAGAGCACAGAGGAGAAGAAGAAAAGUCUAUCUGUUCCUCCCAAGGCCUCGGAGCAGGAGAAGGACAAGGAAACCCCACAGACCCCUGCUACCACUGCAGCCACCACCCCUCUGCCAGCACAGCCUCACCUGGAGUACACCUGUGACCAGCCUGUAGACGAGGCCAACAUGAGGAAGAAGAUAGUCGUGGUGGAGGAGGUGAUUGAGGUGCAGCACAUCACUAGCCCGCAGGCAGUGGCUGGAGGAGAGGUUCCUCCUGCUGUUGUACCUGAGAGAACAGGGCAAGAACUGGACUUUGAUGUCCUGCACGCACUGGCCGUUGAACGGGCUCUCCUGGCCGGAGGAGCGGUGAUCGAGUCCGCCCAGAGCACCGUCUCCGACGAUGACUGGGACCACUCUCUGGACGUACCCGAGGAGAAGACCUUCCCCAACUUCAUAGAAGAUGAACGGGAUCGAGUACAGAAAAAGACCUUCACAAAGUGGGUCAACAAACACUUGAUAAAGUCACAGCGUCAGGUCACAGACCUGUAUGAAGACCUGAGAGAUGGACACAACCUGAUCUCCCUCCUGGAGGUCCUCUCUGGGGAGACGCUGCCCAGAGAGAAAGGCCGCAUGAGAUUCCACAAGCUGCAGAAUGUACAGAUUGCACUGGACUUCCUCAAACACCGACAGGUCAAGCUGGUGAACAUCAGAAACGAUGACAUUGCGGAUGGCAACCCCAAGCUGACCCUUGGGCUGAUAUGGACCAUCAUCCUUCACUUCCAGAUCUCGGACAUCCAGGUGAAUGGCCAGUCAGACAACAUGACGGCCAAGGAGAAGCUGCUGAUGUGGUCCCAGCGCAUGGUGGAUGGCUACCAGGGCAUCCGUUGUGACAACUUCACCACCAGCUGGAGGGACGGCAAGCUCUUCAGCGCCGUCAUCCACAAACACCAGCCUAAACUCAUUGACAUGAGUAAGGUGUACCGCCAGACCAACGCGCAGAACCUGGAGUACGCCUUCAACGUGGCAGAGACGGACCUGGGCGUGACACGCCUGUUGGAUCCAGAGGAUGUUGACGUGCCGCACCCUGAUGAGAAGUCCAUCAUCACCUACGUGUCAUCGCUGUAUGAUGCCAUGCCCCGGGAUGUCCAGGAUGGAAUCCAGGCUAACGAGCUGGAGCUGCGCUGGACAGAGUACUAUGAGCUGGUCACUAUCAUUCGGCAGUGGAUAAGCCACCAUGUCGUUAUCUUCGGGGAGAGGAGGUUCCCAGGCAGCUAUGAGGAGAUAGAGAUCCUGUGGCGUCAGUUCUUGAAGUUCAAAGAGACAGAACUGCCUGCAAAGGAGGCCGACAAGCACCGUUCCAAACUCAUCUACCAGUCCUUUGAGAGUGCAGUGCAUGCUGGACAGGUCAAGGUCCCUCCAGGCUACCAUCCCAUUGAUGUGGAGAAGGAAUGGGGCCGUCUGCACGUGUCCAUCCUAGAGAGAGAACGACUGCUCAGGAUAGAGUUUGAGAGGCUAGAGAGACUCCAGAGGAUUGUCAGUAAAGUCCAGAUGGAGUCGGGUGUGUGUGAGGAGCAGCUCAACCAGCUGGAGACCCUGCUGCAGACGGACAUCCGUCUCCUGAGUGCAGGGAAGCCGGCUCAGCACACUGCCGAGAUGGAGCGGGACCUGGACAAGGCAGACGGCAUGAUCCGCCUGCUCUUCAACGACGUGCAGCUGCUCAAAGAUGGACGCCACCUGCAGGCCGAGCAGAUGUACCGCAGGGUAUACCGCCUUCACGAGCGUCUUGUGAACCUGCGCACCGAUUACAACCUGCGUCUCAAGUCGCAGGUGACGUCCACCCAGAUGCUCCAGACCCAGACCAUCCAGCAGUCGUCCUCCAGGGUGCGUCCUGAGAUGGACGAGGUGACCCUGCGCUACGCCCAGGACCUGCUGACCUGGGUGGAGGAGAGUCAGAGGCGGAUUGACGAGGCCGAGUGGGGCUCGGACCUGCCCACCGUGGAGUCUCAGCUGGGCAGCCACCGGGGCCUGCACCAGACCGUGGAGGACUUUCGCUCCAAGAUCGAACGGGCCAAGGCUGACGAGAGCCAGCUAUCCCCAGUCAGUAAGGGGACAUACAGUCAAUACCUGGGCAAACUGGACCUUCAGUAUGCCAAGCUGCUAAACUCCUCCAAGUCUCGUCUGCGUAACCUGGACUCGCUCUAUGUGUUCGUCAGCGCGGCAACCAAGGAGCUGAUGUGGCUCAACGACAAAGAGGAGGAGGAGGUCAACUACGACUGGAGCGACCGCAACACCAACAUGACUGCCAAGAAAGACAACUACUCGGGUCUGAUGCGUGAGCUGGAGCUGAGAGAGAAAAAGGUCAACGACAUCCAGGCCACAGGAGACAAGAUGCUGAAGGAGGGCCACCCCGGCAAGAAGACAGUGGAGGCCUUCACAGCAGCCCUACAGACUCAGUGGAGCUGGAUCCUCCAGCUGUGUUGUUGCAUCGAGGCUCACCUCAAAGAGAACACAGCGUACUACCAGUUCUUCUCGGACGUGAAAGAGGCUGAGGAGAGGAUGAAGAAGAUGCAGGAGAUGAUGAAGAAGAAGUACAGCUGUGAUCGCUCCACUACGGCCACGCGACUAGAGGACCUGCUGCAGGAUGCUAUGGAGGAGAAGGAGCAGCUAAAUGAGUUUAAGACUCACGUGGCCGGCCUGAACAAGAGGGCCAAGACCAUAAUCCAGCUGAAGCCCCGUAACCCCACCAAGUCCAUCAAGGGUAAACUGCCCAUCCAGGCCGUGUGCGACUUCAAACAGAUGGAGAUCACCGUCCAUAAGGGAGAGGAGUGUGCUCUCAUCAACAACUCCCCGCAGCCCAACAAGUGGAAGGUCCUGAACCGCUCCGGCAUUGAGGCGGUGGUGCCAUCAGUCUGCUUCCUGGUUCCACCUGUCAACAAGGAGGCUAUGGACAGUGUGUCCAGUCUGGACUCUGGACACCAGUCGAUGCUGAUCCUGUGGCAGAGAAUGCAUGUGGACAUGAAGAGCAUGCUUUCCUGGCAGUACCUGACGAGAGACAUCACACAGAUACGUACCUGGAACAUCACCAUGUUUAAGACCAUGAAGGUGGAGGAGUACAGGCUGAUUAUGAGGAACCUGGAGCUUCACUAUCAGGACUUCAUGCGUGACAGUCAGGAUUCCCAGCUGUUUGGUCCACACGACCGUAUGCAGAUCGAGGGCGACUACUCGAAGACCACACAGUACUACGACAACCUUCUGCGCUCUGUGGAGAAAGGUGAGCAGGACGAGUCGAUGUGUGUGACCUACAUCUCCCAGAUCAAGGACCUGCGUCUACGGAUAGAGGACUGCGAGGCUCGUACCGUGGCCCGCAUCCGCAAGCCCGUGGACAAAGACCCCCUCAAAGACUGUGCCCAGAAGACCACCGACCAGAAGAAAGUCCAAGUAGAGCUUGAGGGUAUCAAGAGGAACCUGGACCAGUUGGCCGUGAAGACCGAGGAGGUCCUGAGCACCACUCCUAAGCAGUCCAGCACUGCGCCUGUCCUGCGCUCUGAACUGGAGUUCACCCUGAAGAAGAUGGACCAUGCCUACAUCCUCUCCUCUGUCUAUCUAGAGAAGCUGAAGACGGUGGACGUGGUCAUCCGCAACACGCAGGGGGCCGAGGGAGUGCUGAAGAAGUAUGAGCAGCAACUGCGCGAGGUCCAAACUGUUCCCGAUGACGUCAAGGAGGUGGAGACGUACCGCACCCAGCUCAAGAAAAUGCGUGCCGAAGCGGAGGGUGAAAAGCCUGCAUUCGAUUCCCUGGAGGGCGAGCUCGGAAAGGCAGCAGCCGUGAGCGAGAAGAUGUCUCGUGUGCACAGUGAGCGUGACGCUGAGCUCGACCACUACCGCCAUCUCCUGUCCGGUCUCCAGGACCGCUGGCAGGCUGUGUUCUCCCAGAUGGACCUGCGUCAGCGGGAGCUGGAGCAGCUAGGCCGCCAGCUGGUGUACUACAGAGAGAGCUACGACUGGCUCAUCCAUUGGAUCGGUGACGCCAAGCAGAGGCAGGAGAAGAUCCAGGCCGUGCCCAUCAGCGACAGCAAGACUCUGAAGGAGCAACUGGCCCAGGAGAAGAAACUUCUGGAAGAGAUCGAGCAAAACAAAGAGAAAGUUGACGAGUGUCAGAAAUAUGCCAAGGCGUAUAUCGACACUAUCAAGGAUUAUGAACUCCAGUUGGUGGCCUACAAAGCACAUGUGGACCCUCUCUCACCCCUGAAGAAAACCAAAAUGGAUUCUGCCUCAGAUAACAUCAUUCAAGAGUAUGUGACGCUAAGAACCCGCUACAGCGAGCUGAUGACUCUGACCAGUCAGUACAUCAAGUUUAUCACCGACACACAGCGCCGGCUGGAGGACGAGGAGAAAGCUGCUGAGAAAAUGAAAGCGGAAGACAGGAAAAAAAUGGCAGAGAUGCAGGCUGAGUUAAACAAACAGAAGCAGCUAGCUGAAUCUCAUGCAAAGGCCAUUGCCAAGGCAGAGCUGGAAGCUCAAGAGCUGAAGCUCAUGAUGCAGGAGGAAGUCAGCAGGAGACAAGUUGUUUCUGUAGAUGCAGAAAAGCAAAAGCACAAUAUCCAGCUGGAACUACAUGAGCUCAAAAAUCUCUCAGAGCAGCAGAUCAAGUCCAAGAGCCAACAGGUAGAAGAAGCCAAUCAGAGCAGAGUCAAGAUUGAGGAGGAAAUCCGUAUCAUCAGGAUCCAGCUGGAGACCACUGUCAAACAGAAGUCUACAGCUGAGGAUGAGCUCAAGCAACUCCGGGAAAAAGCGUCUGAAGCCGAGAGGCUGAGGAAGCUUGCACAGGAGGAGGCUGAGAAGCUCCGCAAACAGGUCAACGAGGAGACCCAAAAAAAACGCAAGGCAGAGGAAGAGCUCAAGUUAAAGUCUGAGGCUGAGAAGGAGGCUGCCAAGCAGAAGCAGAAGGCUCUGGAAGACCUUGAGAAGCUGAAGAUGCAGGCGGAGGAGGCGGAGAGACGCAUGAAGCAAGCUGAAGUGGAGAAGGAAAGGCAGAUUAAGGUUGCCCAGGAGGUGGCACAGAAAAGUGCUGCCACUGAACUCCAGAGCAAACGCAUGUCCUAUGUUGAAAAGACAUCAAAGCUGGAGGAAUCACUCAAACUAGAGCAUGUCACUGUCAUCCAGCUGCAGGAGGAGGCAGCUCGUCUUAAGAAGCAACAGGAAGAGGCUGAUAUGGCCAGGGAGGAGGCGGAGAAGGAGUUAGAGAAAUGGAGGCAGAAGGCCAAUGAGGCACUCCGCUUAAGGCUCCAGGCUGAAGAAGAAGCUCACAAAAAGAGCCGUGCCCAGGAGGAUGCCGAGAAACAGAAGGAGGAUGCUGAGCGUGAGGCCAGGAAGAGGGCUAAAGCUGAGGAGUCCGCACUGAAACAGAAAGAUAUGGCAGAGCAAGAGCUGGAGAGGCAGAGGAGGCUAGCUGAGGGAACUGCUCAGCAGAAACUCUCAGCAGAACAGGAGUUAAUCCGGCUAAGGUCAGACUUCGACCAUGCUGAGCAACAGAGAUCCCUGCUUGAUGACGAGCUGUACCGCCUGAAGAAUGAAGUCAGUGCAGCUGAGCAGCAAAGGAAACAGCUCGAAGAUGAACUGGCCAAAGUGAGGAGUGAAAUGAAUGUACUCCUGCAGCUAAAGUCCAAGGCAGAAAAGGAUAGCAUGUCCAACACUGAGAAGAGCAAACAGCUCCUCGAAUCUGAAGCUGCAAAAAUGAGGGACCUUGCUGAAGAGGCAGGCAAACUUAGAUCCAUCGCUGAGGAAGCCAAGCGACAAAGACAAGUUGCUGAGCAAGAGGCAGCUCGUCAAAGAGCAGAAGCUGAAAGGAUCCUCAAGGAGAAGCUUGCUGCCAUUAAUGAGGCAACUCGUAUGAAGACUGAGGCAGAAAUUGCCCUCAAAGAAAAAGAGGCUGAGAAUGAGCGACUCAGACGACAAGCUGAGGAUGAAGCUUACCAGAGGAAAGCUCUGGAGGACCAAGCCAGCCAGCACAAGCAAGAUAUUGAAGAAAAGAUCAAUCAACUCAAAAAGUCAUCUGAGAAUGAGUUGGGAAGACAAAAGACACUUGUAGAUGAAACUCUCAAGCAGAGACGAGUGGUUGAGGAGGAAAUUCGCAUUCUCAAGCUAAACUUUGAGAAAGCCUCAUCUGGCAAGCUUGAUUUGGAGCUGGAGUUGAAUAAACUGAAAAACAUUGCAGAGGAAACACAGCAGAGUAAACUCCAAGCUGAAAAAGAGGCUGAGAAACACAGGAAACUUGCCCUGGAGGAGGAGAAACGCAGGCGCGAAGCAGAGGAAAAGGUCAAAAAGAUCACUGCUGCAGAGGAAGAAGCAGGCAGACAGUGCAAAAAUGCACAGGAGGAAGUGGAGCGCCUCAAAAAGAAAGCAGAUGAAGCCAAAAAGCAGAAAGAGGAUGCUGAUAAGGAAGCAGAAAGACAGAUUAUCGUAUCCAAACAAGCAGCACAAAAAUGCAAUGCAGCAGAACAGCAAGUUCAGAGUGUCCUUGUCCAACAGAAGGAGGACAACCUCAUGCAGAAACAGCUCAAGGAAGAGUAUGAGAAAGCCAAGAUGCUUGCAAAACAGGCAGAGCUUGCCAAGGAAAAGGCAGAGAAGGAGGCUGCUCUUCUCCGGCAACAAGCAGAGGAUGCAGAACGCCAAAAACAGGCCGCUGAACUCCAAGCUGCCAACCAAGCCAAAGCUCAAGAGGAAGCCGUAAAAUUGAGAAAGGAGGCAGAGUUCGAAGCUGCCAAGCGAGCACAGGCUGAGGCUGAUGCAAUCAAACAGAAACAACAAGCAGAUGCUGAGAUGGCAAAGCACAAAAAGCUUGCAGAGCAAACAAUGAGUCAAAAGUCUCAGGUUGAGAAAGAGCUUACAAAUGUCAGGCUUCAGCUGGAUGAAACUGACAAGCAAAAAUCUGUCUUAGACGAGGAGCUGCAGCGCUUAAAGGACGAAGUCGGUGAUGCGGUCAAGCAGAAGGCCCAGGUGGAAGAGGAGUUAUUCAAAGUCAAGAUUCAGAUGGAGGAGCUGGUCAAACUGAAACUCAGAAUUGAGCAGGAGAACCAGCGUCUUAUCAAAAAGGACAAGGAUAACACUCAGAAAUUCCUGGCCGAGGAAGCUGAGAACAUGAAGGAGCUUGCAGAAGAAGCUGCCAGACUCAAUGUGGAAGCCCAAGAAGCUGCACACAUGAGACAAAUCGCUGAAUCUGACCUCUCCCAACAGAGGGCACUUGCAGAGAAGAUGCUAAAGGAGAAGAUGCUCGCCAUUCAGGAAGCAUGUAAACUGAAAGCAGAGGCUGAGAUGCUCCAAAGACAGAAGGACCUGGCUCAAGAGCAGGCCCAGAAGCUGCUUGAGGAUAAACAACUGAUGCAGCAGCGCCUCGAGGAAGAGACUGAGGGCUUCCAGAAAUCAUUGGAAGCUGAGCGCAGGAGACAGCUGGAGAUCACAGCCGAAGCUGAAAACCUCAAAGUCAAGGUGUCCCAACUUAGUGAUGCUCAGUCCAAAGCAGAGAAUGAGGCCAAGAAAUUCAAGAAGCAAGCAGAUGAGAUCAGUGCCCUUCUUCAUCAGACAGAGCUAGCGACUAAAGAGAAAUUGACUGUUGUGGAGAAACAGAAACUGAGCAGCAACAACGAGGCUGAUGAGCUACGCAAAGCCAUCGCUGAUCUAGAAAAGGAGAAGGCCAAACUGAAAAAGGAGGCUGAAGACCUACAGAAUAACUCUAAAGAGAUGGUCAAUGCUCAGCAGAAACAAAUCCAACACGAGAAGACAGUACUCCAGCAGACAUUCGUCACAGAGAAGGCGGAGCUGUUGAAGAAGGAGAAACAAAUUGAAGAUGAGAAGAAGAAGCUGGAGAACCAGUUUGAGGAGGAGGUCAAGAAGGCCAAGGCCCUCAAAGAAGAACAGGAACGCCAGAGGAAACAAAUGGAGCAGGAGAGAAAUAAACUUCAGGCUACCAUGGAUGCUGCCCUCAACAAACAAAAAGAGGCUGAGAAAGAAAUGCUCAACAAGCAAAAAGAGAUGCAGGAGCUUGAAAGGAAACGACUUGAACAGGAAAAGCUGCUUGGCGAGGAGAACAAGAAACUUCGUGAAAAACUGCAGCAACUCGAGGUCGCCCAUAAAGAACCAGUCUCCCACACCAGAGAAAUCGAUAUCCAGACUGACGAUGUACCUGAGGAUGAACUGAUCCAUAUGACCAUGGUGGAGACAUCAAAGCAGGUUAUCAAUGGCCAAAGUGUUGGGGAUGAGGUUGACAGGAAGAAGGAUACAUUUUCUUUUGAUGGCAUCCGCGAGAAAGUACCUGCAAGCAGACUUUAUGAAGUUGGCCUUUUGACGAAAAAGCAGUUUGAUAAGCUGAAGAAAGGCAAAGCCACUGUGCAAGACCUCAGCCAAACUGACAAGUUAAGAACAAUUCUGCAGGGCAAUAACUGUAUAGGGGGUGUCUUGACACAGUCUAAUCAGAAAAUGGCAAUAUAUCAAGCUAUGAAAGAAAAGAAAAUUACUCCUGGCUGGGCUUUGAUCCUCCUGGAGGCACAGGCAGCAUCUGGCUAUGUAGUAGACCCAGUUAAAAACAAGAAACUCUCUGUCAGUGAGGCUGUGAAGGAAGGCCUGAUCGGACCUGAACUGCACAACAAAAUGCUGUCUGCUGAGAAAGCUGUCACUGGUUACAAAGACCCUUACACCGGUAACAAGAUCUCACUCUUUGAAGCUAUGAAGAAGGGCUUGAUUGACAGAGACCAUGCCAUUAGGCAGCUUGAGGCUCAGAUAGCUACUGGUGGACUCAUUGACCCCAUAAACAGCCACCGUGUGCCCAUCGAGACAGCAUACAAACAGGGGCAGUUUGACACUGAGAUGAACAAGAUACUUGAGGACCCUUCGGAUGACACCAAGGGAUUCUUUGAUCCUAACACCCAGGAGAAGUUAACAUACAUUCAGCUAAUGCAGAGAUGCAGCACAGAUCCGGAGACAGGACUGCUGCUCCUUCCCAUCACUGACAAGGCUGCUCUGAGCACGUCAACCUACACAGAGCAGGAGACCAAGGAUGUAUUCAGCAAAACGACUGUCUCUGUGCCAUUUGGAAAAUUCCAAGGGAAGACUGUAACUAUCUGGGAAAUCAUCACUUCUGAGUACUUUACCGAGGACCAGAGAAAGGACCUUAUUCGUCAGUACAAGACAGGAAAGAUCACAGUGGAAAAAAUCAUCAAGAUUGUUAUCACUAUGGCAGAGGAAAAGGAAAAAAAGAAUGAAAUCGCUUUUGAGGGUCUGAGGGGAAAAGUCCUUGCUACUGAACUACUGGAGUCAAAGAUAAUCGACAAAGACCUCUACAACAAGCUGCACACCGGCAAUAAAACAAUCAAAGAGGUGUCUGAAAUGGAGCCUGUUCAAAAAUCCUUGAAGGGUACAAACUGCAUUGCAGGUGUAGUUAUUGACUCAACUAAGGAGACUAUGUCGUUCUAUCAAGCCAUGAAAAAGGAUAUGAUGAGGGUAGGGCCUGCUUUAACUCUCCUGGAAGCACAAGCAGGAACAGGAUUUGUUGUUGAUCCUAUAAAGAAUCAGAAGUUCACUGUUGAUGAAGCUGUGAAAGCAACUGUCAUUGGUCCUGAGCUGCAUGAAAAACUACUGUCAGCCGAAAGAGGUGUUACAGGUUACAAAGAUCCUUACACGGGAAAGACUGUGUCUUUGUUCGAAGCAAUGAAGAAAGAACUCAUUCCAAAAGAUCAGGGCAUCAGACUCCUAGACGCGCAGCUUGCAACAGGAGGCAUCAUUGAUCCAGUGAAAAGCCACCGCAUCCCACAUGAUGUUGCCUGUAAACGAGGCUUCUUUGAUGAUGAAAUGAACCAGAUUCUGAAAAAUCCAACUGAUGAUGUUAAAGGCUACUUUGACCCCAACACACAGGAAAAUGUCACAUACUCACAGCUAUACAAGAGAUGUGUCACUGACAAGAAAUCUGGCCUUCAGCUUCUACCUCUGUCUGAGCAAGCAAUCAAUGCGAAGGAAGAACAUGCAUACACAGAGGUCCAAACCAAACAGGCCAUGAGCCAAGCAACAAUGGAGCUGCAGUCUGGUCCACUCAAAGGGAAGAAACUCACUAUCUGGGAAAUUAUCCACUCUGAAUAUAUUACAGAGGAACAGAGAAUUGAUCUGAUGAGGCAGUAUAGGUCUGGAACGAUUACAAUAGAAAAGAUCACCAAGAUUGUGAUCACCAUUGUAAAUGAGAAAGAGGCUAAGAAACAAGAACAAGACAACUUCAAAGGGCUUAGAGCACCGGUCUCUGCCAAGUCACUGUUUGAUUCCAAAAUCAUUGACAAAGCUACGUUUGACAUGCUCCAACAAGGCAAAAAGACACCUACACAGGUCAGCGAAAAUGUCAAUGUAAGCAAGUACCUGCAGGGCUCUGACAGUAUUGCUGGUGUCUACCUUGAACCAACAAAGGAGAAGAUCAGCAUCUAUCAAGCUAUGAAGAGAAAUCUUCUGAGACACAACACAGGUCUGUCACUUCUAGAGGCCCAAGCUGCCACAGGGUUCAUUAUAGAUCCAGUGAAGAACCAGUACCUGUCAGUGGAUGAUGCAGUUAAGGCAGGCAUUGUCGGCCCUGAACUACAUGAGAAACUGCUUGCUGCUGAAAAAGCAGUCACUGGUUACAAAGAUCCCUUCACGGGCAAAACAAUCUCUCUCUUCCAAGCAAUGGAAAAAGAUCUAAUCAUUAAGGAGCAUGUCAUGCCACUCAUGGAGGCCCAACUGAGUUCCGGAGGAAUCAUUGAUCCUGUGAACAGCCACCGCGUUCCUAUUGACGUUGCCUAUCAGAAGAGCCUUUUCAGCAAAGAAAUGACACACACCUUCUCGGAACCAUCUGACAAUAACAAAGCUUUCUCAGACCCCAAUUCAGAUGAAAAGGUAACAUACAAACAGCUGAAAGAGAAGUGCACUAGAGAUCCUGAUUCAGGCAUGAACCUUUUACCACUUUCCAAGCCACAGGCCCCUACUGUGGUGGAGAAGACAUACCUCUACACGGAGGAACAGACGCAGAAUGACUUGACCACAACCAAAAUUGACCUCCCCAGUUCACUUGAGUCCCUUGCUGGAGGCUCAAAAAGUCUCUGGGACAUCAUGAACUCAAAUCUACUUCCUGCGCAAGAGAGGAAGAAGCUGAUGGAGGAGUAUCGCUCAGGCAGUAUCACUAAAGAGCGCAUGAUCAUCAUCAUUAUUGAGAUUAUGGAGCAGAGAGAGAUCAUCAGAGGUGAAACUGUUAAGUCCUGCAACACAAUCAGACGUAGGGUCACUAUCGAGGAGCUCUACAAUUCCCGUAUCAUUGACCUGGAGACAUUCAACCUGCUGAAGCAAGACAAAAGAAACAUCCGUGACAUUAUGGAGAUGCAGAGUGUGAAGCAGUAUCUGUUUGGCACGGGCUGCGUUGCUGGUGUCAUGUCUGACUCCACUUCCAGGAUGAGCAUUUAUUCAGCGAUGAAGAGAGGGUUCUUGAAGCCUGAAAUUGCCCUUAGUCUCCUGGAAGCACAAGCAGCAACAGGAUUCAUAAUUGAUCCUGUGAAAAACGAGACACUCACUGUUGAUGAGGCUGUCCGCAAAGGUGUGGUCGGCCCUGAGAUCCACGACAGACUUCUGUCAGCUGAGAGAGCGGUCACAGGCUACAAGGAUCCUUACAGUGGCAAAAUCAUAUCUCUCUUCCAAGCAAUGAAAAAGGACCUUGUUAUGGAGGAGUAUGCUCUGAAAAUGUUGGAGGCUCAGACUGCCACAGGAGGCAUUAUGGAUCCUGAAUUCUACUUCCACCUCCCAGCAGACAUUGCCACACAGAGAGGAUACAUCAACAAGGAAACAAAUAAAAGGCUUGCUGAUGACGUAAAGGGAUUUGUUGACCCUGUCACUGAGGAGAAACUUUCUUAUGCCCAAUUACUCAAGAGAUGCAAGAUUGACCCUACCAAUGGGAUGCGCUUGCUGUCACUGGGAGACAAGAGACUGAUGUUCAAAGGUCUUAGAAAACAGAUCACCAUAGAGGAGAUGUUACGCUCUCAGAUCAUCGACCAACAGACGGUCAAUGAGCUGAAUGAAGGUCUGAUUUCAGUGGAAGAGGUUAGCCGUAGACUCCAAAAAUACCUAGAGGGCACAAGCUGUAUCGCUGGUGUUUAUGUAGAGGGAACUAAUGACCGUCUAUCAAUCUACCAAGCCAUGAAAAAGAACAUGAUCAGGCCAGGAACUGCCUUUGAACUGCUUGAAGCUCAGGCUGCCACAGGCUAUGUAAUUGACCCAAUCAAAAAUCUCAAACUUACUGUCAAUGAAUCUGUCAAGAUGGGAAUAGUGGGGGCAGAAUUCAAAGACAAGCUUCUCUCUGCUGAGCGUGCCGUGACAGGUUACAAAGACCCCUAUUCCGGCAAGACAAUCUCUCUGUUCCAGGCCAUGAAGAAGGGGCUCAUCUUAAAAGACCAUGGAAUACGUCUCCUUGAGGCUCAGAUUGCCACUGGCGGAAUAAUUGACCCAGAGGAGAGUCAUCGCUUGCCAGUGGAGGUGGCCUACAACCGUGGCCUCUUCGACGAGGAAAUGAAUGAGAUUCUCACAGAUCCUUCAGAUGACACCAAGGGUUUCUUCGAUCCCAACACUGAGGAGAACCUGACCUACCUCGGGCUAAUGGAGAGAUGCAUCACUGACCCAGCUACUGGCCUUGUCCUCCUGCUCCUGAAGGAGAAGAAGCGUGAGAGCAAGAGCUCCUCCAAAUCCUCUGUCCGCAAACGCCGAGUAGUCAUCGUGGACCCAGAUUCAGGCAAAGAGAUGACUGUCUAUGAGGCAUUUAGAAAGCAGCUCAUUGACCAUCAGACCUACCUAGAGCUUUCUGAGCAGGAGUGUGAGUGGGAAGAGAUCACGCAGACAUCCUCUGAUGGCGUCGUCAAGUCAAUGAUCAUCGACAGACGGUCAGGAAGACAGUAUGACAUUGAUGACGCCCUCGCACGAGGCCUCAUCGACCAGACUUCACUUAGUACAUACCGCUCCGGAAACCUGUCAAUCACUGAGUUUGCUGACAUGCUGUCUGGAAACAUGGGUGGCUUCCGCUCCCGGUCAUCCUCUUUUGGUUCCACCUCUGGUUCCACCUCAUCAUCAUACAAUCCCAUGAGCCCCAUACCCUCGAUUAGACCACCUGCAGUCAUGUGGAAUGACCCCACGGAGGAUACUGGCCCUGUAGCCGGAAUCCUGGAUACAGACACUUUGGAGAAGGUGUCAGUCACAGAGGCCAUGCACCGGAACCUUGUGGACAAUAUCACAGGCCAAAGAUUACUUGAGGCACAAGCCUGCACAGGGGGCAUAAUCGACCCAACUACUGGGGAACGAUUCGCUGUUACUGAGGCAACCGAGAAAGGGCUUGUGGACAAGGUGAUGGUGGACCGUAUCAACCUGGCUCACAAAGCUUUCAAUGGAUUUGAGGACCCAAGAACCAAAGUGAAGAUGUCUGCCUCCCAAGCUCUAAAGAAAGGCUGGCUGUAUUAUGAAGCUGGGCAACGUUUUCUGGAAGUCCAGUACCUUACGGGGGGGCUGAUUGAACCGGAUGUUGAGGGCAGAGUCUCUCUGGACGAAUCCAUCAGAAAGGGCACAAUUGAUGCUCGCACUGCUCAGAAGCUGAGAGAUGUGAGUGCUUACUCCAAAUAUCUGACAUGUCCCAAAACCAAACUAAAAAUCUCCUACAAAGAUGCCAUGGACAGAAGCAUGGUUGAGGAAGGAUCUGGCCUGCGACUGCUGGAGGCCUCCUCACAGUCAAGCAAAGGGCUGUACAGCCCAUACAAUGCCAGCAAUUCCGGGUCUGCCGCUGGCUCCAGGUCCGGGUCCAGGACUGGAUCCAGAACAGGAUCCAGAAGAGGCAGCUUUGAUGCCACAGGUUCCGGUUUCACCAUGAACUUCUCAUCCUCCUCCUACACCAGCUCCAGCAGUUACGGUGGCCGCCGAUAUGAUGCAGGACCUCAUAAUGGGCUCAACAUGGAUGAGCUAGCCCAAGCCCUUACAGCUCUAGCAAUGAUCAGGCCAUGCAGCUCAGAAGAACAACGAGCCUUCCCAAUGAUGAUACCAAUGCAUAUCACGGAAGAAAGGGGGAGUGUGUAUGGAUUGGCAACACUCACAGCCAAGGAACAGAGCUCUGGGAAGGAGUCAGAGGAGUGGAGCCAAUGGCAGGGGGAGUUCAGAGGUCAAAUCCGAGCCCUGCGACACUGGCUGAAGAGCAUGGAGAUGAGGCUACCUCCUCUGGACCAUAUGGCCAUCCAAGACCAAGAGAGCCCAGAUCAGUGCAUGUGGUCCAAGGAUGACAAAGAACCAGCCUUGUCUGCACAGAUUAUGGGUAAUCUGAUCAGCCGACCCAGCUGCCUGGGCCAGAAGUCCAAGCAGGUGAGGUCCGACGAGGACUUCCUGAAGGAGUGCUUCCAGCGACGCCGCGAAUGGCAAGCUCCGCCCCUGACGCACCAUGGGGAGGCCAGGCGGGAGGAGGUGGUCAGAGAGAGGGAGGAGGAGGAGGAGAGGGUGACAGACAGGACAAAGGAGGAUGAGGUGGAGGAUGAGGUGUCUCACGGCACCACCCCUCCCUCGGACAAACCCCUCAGGACCAACCCCUCCCCUGCCACCACGGUCACCACCAUCAGUACUCUGGACGAUGCCUGGCACGGCACCCCCUCCCCUAUCAAGACAUCCAGGAACAGCACCCUGACCAGGAAGGCCGUGGUCCAAGAGAUCCCCUAUGGGAGAUCCCCUCUAGCCCAGCCUGGCUCAGUCCCAGGCUCAGCGGAGAGGAGGGCCAGCUUCCAGAGGAGAGACUCCAGAGAAGGAAGCCUCCAGAGGAGAGACUCUAGAGAGGGAAGCCUCCAGAGGAGAGACUCUAGAGAGGGCAGCCCCUGGUCGUGGAAGACCUUGGCCUCCCACGAGGUCACGGAGGUGACGGAAGUGACGGAGACAGUUGUGACAGAAAUUGUGGAGGUGACGGAGUACCCUUCCGGAGAGAAGGGCGGAGAUCCCAUAGUCACCAGGACUGUUAGGGUUCUGACUGGAGCAGCUGAGGAACUCGCUGAGCUGCAUAGCGACGGACAUUCUAGUUCAGACCAAGAUUCCAGCUUGGACCGUUGGAGGGGACUGAGAUCUGCCUUGAGUCUGAGAGAUGAUUUUGCGGAUUCGGAAACGUUCCAUCAAUCCCUGGAAGCACUGUUGACCUGGGUCUGUGAGAUAGAGGAGCUGACAGCCAAUCAGAAGCCUCCAUCUUCAGAGGUCAAAGUGGUGAAAGCACAGCUACAAGAGCAGAAGCUCCUGCAGCGUCUCCUGGAGGACCGGAGGCAUAGUAUGGAGACCAUGAUGCUGGAGGGCCCUCAUAUGGCCGAGGCCUUCACAGGGAAGGAGGGGGAGCAGGCCAGGGUCCAGCUCUCCACGCUCAGACACAAAUGGGAGGCCUUACUGGUAGAUGCAGUGAACAGGCGGGGCAGUCUGGAGCUCAUCCUGCCCAGGGCCAAGCUCUUCCAGGAGAGGGUGGACAGCCUGCAGCAAUGGCUCAUCUCUGUAGAGCAGGACCUGGCCGAGCUACGCAAUGCUGAGAGGGAAAUGCUACACCUCCCCGAGGGUACGGAGAAAGCCAAGGCUGUGGUGGAAGAGAUCAAGGCGAAAAACGCUGACUUGGUGAAAAUUCAACAGAGCGGUCAUGAUCUCAAGGAGAUGAUUUCAGAGGAGGAAGCCCAGCAGGUGCAGGAGCGUGUGGACAGCCUGAGGAUACGCUGCUCGGUGUUGAGCCUGACCAGUGGUGACGUCCUGCAGAGACUGGAGCAGGCGCUGGAGGCAUCCAGCCGCUGCACAUCCAGCCAGGAAGACCUCCACUUGUGGCUGGGCCGCAUCGAGAGAGAACUGCUGGGGCCUGCUGGAGGGGGUGGAGACGCGGUGCUCUGUGCUGCAGAGAGACAGAGGUUGGAGCAGGCUGUGGUGAAGGAGAUGGCCUGGUUCAGAGACACUGCCCUGGGCCUGGAGCAACUCAAGGCUAUUACUCUGGAGCCUGAGCUUAUCUCUGCCCAACUCUCUGAACAGAAGAUCCUUGCAGUGGAGAUUCUGCAACACAAGUUCAACAUUGAGAAGAUGGUGAAGAUCGCUGAAAUCUUGCAGACAUACGGUGAUGAAGGGGAAAUAGGGGAUCUGCAGAUCCCGUUGGAUGCCUUACAGGAACAAUGCAACGUCACGUCAGCCACCAACUCCCAUGUGGUCCUGCAGCUGGAGCAUGCCCAGUCCCUCUUGGUCCAGUUCACUGAGGGCCUUGCUGAGGUGUCACCAUGGCUACAGGAAACCCAAGCGCUCAUUGGCCAGCUCUCCCUGAGCACCAUUAGCUACAAGGCAUUCCGAGAACAACAGGACCUCUUACAGGGCCUAAGGGAGUCCAUAGCAGAGCAUAGACCUCUGAUAGCACGGCUGUGCUCGCUGGGGAAACGUCUGUCAGAGCUUAGUCCCGCCCAGGGGGAGGAGUUAUGUCAUAGCGCCACAAAGGCUGAGGAGCAGCACAGGGCCAUCAAGGACAGGGUCAGAGAGGCUGCCAAUCUACUGGAAGAGUCCCUGCCCAGAUACACACAGUUGAAUGAGAGGAUGACGCUGACUAGAGAGAGUCUGGACCGUCUGCUUGGUCACAUGCAGUCCCCAGCCUCUCUGCAGGGUCAGACCCCACGCAUCCAUGAGCAGCUACAGGACAACAAGCACACUCUGGCUGAGCUCUCCAAGCUGGAGCUGGGCCUCGGGAGUAUCCGGACCCAGGCUGACGAGCUCCUGGCCAACACACAGGCAGCUGGGAACGCCUCCAUCGGUACAGCAAUCCAGGAGCGGGUGUCCAGCCUGACCCAGCUGUGGGAGGAGGCUCAGAGGCAGGCUCAGGAGAGAGAUGGCUGGCUGCUCAACCUGCUGGACCUGGCUCUCAAGUUCUGGAGCGAUGUUAGUGACGUAACGGCCGGCCUGAACGAUGCCCAACAGGCUGUCCUGGACCUGAACGCCAGUAGGACAGACUCAGAGACCAUCCGCCAGAGCCUGGAGACCAUGCAGACACUCAGGGAGGACAUCGACAAUCUACAGGGGGACCUGGACACGCUUGGCAUUCUGGGAAUGGACCUGAUGUCAGCAUGUGGGGAUACAGACAAACCUGAUGUCACCAAGAGCUUAGAUGAGCUCUACUGCACAUGGAACAACCUGAGUAAACUCUGGAGUGAGUGUCACAAAAAGCUGGAGGAAUCUUUACAGAUGGCUCUACAUUACCAGGACACCAUGCAGGGGCUUUUUGAGUGGCUCAAGUCAGCAGAGCUGAGAUCCACAGAGGAGUUCUUGGUAGGAACUGACCUGGAGUCAGUCAAAGAGCAGCUGUGUGAUCUCAAGGAGUUUAAAAGGGAGCUAUACCAGAAGAAGAUCGAGAUGGAGAGCCUGAACCACCGCUUUGUGUGCAGGCUGUCUCCAGGCUCUGAGCGUCCCGGAUCUGUCUCUCCACUGUGUGACUUCAGACAGCGCUGGGACAGCCUGGAGGCGGAGACUGUCAGCAGACAGCAUCAGCUGGAGUGUUCCCUGCUGGGUCUGGGUCAGUUCCAGAACACUCUGGAUGAGCUGCACACCUGGCUCUCCCACACAGCCGACCUCCUCCAGGGCAGUCGGCCAAUCAGCAUCGACCUGCAGGCAUGCGAGAUUGAGCUGGCCAAACACAAGGUGCUGCGUAAUGACGUCAUGUCCCACGUGCGAACGGUGGAGUCUUUGAACCAGGCGGGGCGGGGUCUGUUGGAGGUGGGGACUGGGGACAGCCCUCAAGGUCUGCACCCACAGCUGGAGCAGCUGAAUGAACGCUGGGAGUUUGUCCGCUGUGAGACAGAGCGCAGACAGCUAGAGCUGGAGAACAACCUCAGUCAGGUCCAAGAUGUUACCAUGGAGAUCCAGGAUCUUCUUCAGUGGUUGGAGAACACAGACCUGAGGCUGUCCUCCAGUAAGACAGUGUGGGGGAUGCCUGACUUUGCCAGCGAGAGGCUCAACGCACAUCUGGAGCUGUGUAACGAGAUGGACUCCAAGCUCCAUGCCUACACAGACGUGAGGAACGCCAUCCGCAGGAUGUUGGAAAGCAGCAAUGUGACCCGGGGUUCCAGCACUGAACACAGCCUCUGUAUCCUGGAGCAGAAGUGGGCUACCGUCUACGGGAAAGUACAGGACCGCAAGGCUAAGCUAACCGAAGGGUUGAGCCUGGCGAAGGAGUUCCACAGUAAUGUCCAGGAGCUGCUGACCAGGAUGGCCAAGUAUGAGGAGGCCAUAGGAGUCCUGCCUGCCCCCAGCUUUGUCCUGGACACAGUCUGUGGCCAGCUUCAAGACCACCGGACUCUGGUGAGUGAGGUGAACUGCUACGGUGAGAAGAAGGCAGUGGUGGAGACUGCAGGCUCCAGGCUGACCGAGCUGAGCAGGAAGGAGGACUGUGACGUGAUUCACAACCUGAUCAUGACCGUACAGGACCGCUACAGGAAACUUCACCAGUGCACCACAGAGAGGGGCCGAACACUAGAGGACGUCAAGAAGAAUGCAAAACAGUUCAGUGAAUCUUGGCGCCUCCUAGUGGACUGGAUGACUGAGGUGGAGCAGACGCUGGACACACAUAAAGAGAUCGCUGUGGACCACGAGGAAAUUAAACUGCAGCUCACCGAACAGAAGGACUUCCAGAAGCUUCUGCGCUCGAAGCGACCUAUGUACGAGGCCACUCUAAAGAGUGGUCGGGGCCUCCAUGAGAGGUCACAGAGCGCCCAGGACAGACAGCACCUGGAGAACGUGCUCUCUGAGCUCCGGGACUCAUGGGAUACCAUCAGUGGCAAAUCCAUGGAAAGGCAACACAAACUGGAGGAGGCACUGCUGUUUUCAGGCAGAUUCACAGAUGCCCUUCAAGCCUUGAAUGACUGGUUAUACAGAGCAGAGCCACAGCUGGCUGAAGACGUACCUGUUGGUGGGGAAAAAGACAUGGUCAACAAUCUGAUCGACAAGCACAAGGUGUUCCAGAAGGAGUUGGGGAAGCGAUCCGGGUGCAUUAGGACCCUGAAGCGCUCGGUGAGGGACCUGACCAGGAGCAGCACUGCUGAUGCCCAUUGGCUGCAGGAGCAGAUGGACGAAUUGGAGGGACGCUGGGAGGAUGUGUGUAAACUGUCCGUAUCCAAGCAGGCCAGGCUGGAGGCAGCCCUUCAACAGGCUGAGAAGUUUGACAGGCUGGUCCACUCCUUCCUGGAGCAUCUGGCGGAGGCAGAGAGGGUGCUGAAGUACGGGGUCAUCCCUGAGGAGGAGGAAGCUCUGCUGGCCUUUCGCAAACAACAUGAGGAGUCAAUCACUUCCCUGAGCUUCCAGGAGAUGGAGCUAGAGAGCAUCCGGUGUCUGAGUGAGGAAAUCCUGUCCUCCUGUCACCCAGACUCCAUCAUCACACUAAAGUCCUGGAUAAGCGUCACCAAGACCCGCUACGAAGAGGUGCAGACUUGGGCCCAGCAGCAGGGCCAGAGGAUCCAGGCCAGCCUGUCUGCUCUGGAGGCUGAGCGGGAGAAGCUGCAGCGCCUACUGGACUGGAUCUCAUCCGCCGAGGAGGCCCUCAACCUCAGAGACCAGGAGCCACCGGCUGAGAGCAUCGAACACAACCAGGAACUCAUCGUCCAACACAUGGUAUUCAUGGAGGAGCUGAACCGAAAACUACCAGAUGUAGAACAUGCCACAAAAUCCUGCAAACAGAAGCUGAUCCCCAAACAGCAGGCUUCGCCCUGCCGCAAGGCACUGACAAAGAGGAGGAGCACUCUGAAACUCCAGCCUACAGUAGUCCCUCUCCCCCUGGAGAACCUGGACCCUCAGACCCCUCAGCUGAGUCAGCUGGUCAGCCGCUGGCAGAAACUCUGGCUCCUGGCUCUGGCCAGACAGGGCCGCCUAGAGCAGCACGAGCAGAGACUCCAAGAGAUGGAGGAAUUUGCAAACUUUGACUUCAACGUCUGGCGAAAGCGCUACAUGCAGUGGAUCAGCCACCUCAAGUCUCGGAUCCUAGAUGUGUUCCGAAACAUCGAUAGGGACCAGGAUGGACGAAUCAGCAAGAAGGAGUUAAUCGACAAUGUCCUGGCAUCCAAAUUCCCCACCAACUCCCUGGAGAUGAAUGCAGUGGCCAAUAUCUUUGACAUCAAUGGGGACGGCUUCAUUGACUACUAUGAGUUUGUGAGUGCCCUCCAUCCCAGCCGGGAUCCCUACAGGAGGACGCUAGAUGCAGAUCAGAUCAACGAGGAGGUGAGUCGACAGGUGUCUCAGUGCAACUGUCCCAAGAGGUUCCAGGUGGAGCAGAUCAGUGCCAACCGCUACAGGUUUGGGGAUUCCCAACAGUUGCGGAUGGUGCGUAUCCUGCGCAGUACCCUGAUGGUACGAGUGGGAGGAGGUUGGACAGCACUUGAUGAAUUCCUGGUCAAGAAUGACCCUUGUAGAGUGAAAGGUCGGACGAACCUAAAGAUAAAGGAGAAGUAUUUAUUCGACAACUCCCAGAGAGGAGGCUCAUCUAAAACCCUGACGGUCAGCAGGUCCAACUCCAGCCUUAGUCUCUACAGCAGCGCCUCGGCUCCAAGCAGCCCCCUAACACGCAAAGCCUUACUGCGGAGGAGUCUCUCAGGCGACCGCUGCAUCCGGCCCAGGAGCGCCAUAGCUGCUCUGGGGUCAGAUCUACAGUUCUCCACUGCGGGGAAUGAGGAUUCUCUUUCACAAUCAGAGGAAGCUGAAAGACUGCCCACAUGAUGAGGAAGGUAUGUCCACUACACGCAUCAUGUGAACGCUAGCGUGAUGAGAUUCACUACAGCCUUGGGGUCCAAAGAGAGAGAGAGAGGCCAACAAGACAAGGCCUCAGUCACAAGCCCAUAGACUGCCACUAAGGGGAACUCCACAACCUUCAGAAGUGAUACAAAAGGGCCUGAUACUCUAUUGGACACUGUUUGUAGGCUCUGUGGAGAGCCUCUGAUUAUUCAGCAAGGGAUCUGGACAUGACCUCUGACCUAAACCUGGACAUAUCCCACUACACUCCUCUCUGAGUCAUUGUAUUGACAUAGUCAUCAUUUCGAUCAUCUAUAUCAAUAUGCAACUUCAACACUGGUUUUCCGAAUAUGACAGAGUCCGAGGAUAGAGAUACUGGAACAGUCUGCAUGGAUACACAUUGCAUGACGGUUACCAGUAUAGAUUACAAUCUAGCUUCAAUAUUUGUUUUACCCUGUGCCGGUAUAAUGAUGUCAGGGCAAGCUGCGAUCAAGCAACGAUGCGGCCUGAAGCUAAAUCACAAAACUCUACAAGAACAAACACGUGUAUUAGCAGAAACUGGAUAUUCAUUUUCGAAGCUAUGUAAAGUCAGGAUUUCAUCAGCGACUGUCAUAAUUAGUUAUUUUAUGUUACUGUGUGUACUGCAUUUCUCCAUUUAAAUAAGUGGGUCUGUAAAAUGCGCUCACAUGCAAAUACGUGAAGGUGUGCUAGUAGGCCCUGUGUUUAAUAACAAGACACAGACCGUCCAAAAGAUGACGCCAAAAACCUACACAGCCAAUGGUUCCAUCGUCUUUCACCAUUGUAAUAAUUUUUCCAUGACAUAAUAGGAAACACUAGAUUGGUCCCAGAUCUGCUUGUACUGUUUCGCCAACAACGUCCAUAGUAGUUGGCAAGCCAGCACAAACAGAUCUGGGACCAGACUAAUGAAACACUGCUGGCAGGGCCACAUUGCUAUUUCAUGUUUCAAAUUUAACCUGAACUGAUGCUACACUGUCAGUUAAAGGUUUAUUUUUAACGUCCUAUUGAAGUAUUGUUUUAAAUGCUACAUUUUAAGAUCAAAAAAUUUAUGAAGAUGGGCAUGGGUCAUUAUUUUGUUGAGAUUAUUUUCUCAGGUUUGGUUUUGCCUUUUGAUGUUUUAAGGGUUCAAUGUUUAAGUGGAACAUUACUGUGACAUUGUAGAUGUACUUUUUAUGUUACUGCUGUGUAGUCACUGGAGGUUUUGUAUGGCAAGUUAUGUUCUUCACACAUGAACUUCUCCCCACGAAAUGCACUUUUGAUUUACUGAACUACAGUCAGUGCAUUGGUUUGGUUCUGUAUGUGUGUGUGGUGACACAUUUUCUGAUUUAAUUCACUUAGCUUCAGUGUUUAGGACUAGAGAAAUAAUAGUUAUUUUAUUUCCGAUGAACAACUGUAUUUCUACAGGGUUUCACGGGGUGUGACCCUCCCAAAAUACAAAUGUGUAGUUCUCAAUGAGAUCUUGACUUUCUUUCUUCCAUUCGGGUCUUAAUUCGGACUAUUUUAUGCAAACCAACAUAUUAAUUUACACUUGAAGUCGGAAGUUUACAUACACUUAGGUUAACAAACUAUAGUUUUGGCAAGUCGGUUAAGACAUCUACUUUGUGCAUGACACAAGUCAUUUUUCCAACAAUUGUUGACAGACAGAUUAUUUCACUUAUAAUUCACUGUAUCACAAUUCCAGUGGGUCAGAAAAUGUACAUACACUAAGUUGACUUUGCCUUUAAACAGCUUGAAAAAUUCCAGAAAAUGAUGUCAUGGCUUUAGAAGAAUCUGAUUGGCUAAUUGACCUAAUUUGAGUCAAUUGGAGGUGUACCUGUGAAUGUAAUUCAAGGCCAACCUGCAAACUCAGUGCCUCUUCGCUUGAAAUCAUGGGAAAAUCUAAAUAAAUCAGCCAAGACCUCAGAAAAAAAAUUGUAGACCUCCACAAGUCUGCUUCAUCCUUUGGAGCAAUUUCCAAACGCCUGAAGGUACCACGCUCAUCUGUACAAACAAUAGUACGCAAGUUUAAACACCAUGGGACCACGCAGCCGUCAUACCGCUCAAGAAGGAGAUGCAUUCUGUCUCCUAGAGAUGAACGUACUUUGGUGUGCAAAUCAAUCCCAGAACAGCAAAGGACCUUGUGAAGAUGCUGGAGGAAACAGGUACAAAAGUAUCUAUAGCCACAGUAAAACAAGUCCUAUAUCGACAUAACCUGAAAGGCCACUCAGCAAGAAAGAAGCCACUGCUCCAAAACCACCAUAUAAAAGCCCAACUACGGUUUGCAACUGCACAUGGGGACAAAGAUUGUACUUUUUGGAGAAAUUUCCUCUGGUCUGAUGAAACAAAAAUAGAACUGUUUGGCCAUAAUGACCAUCGUUAUGUUUGGAGGAAAAAGGGGGAGGCUUGCAAGCCGACGAACACCAUCCCAACCGUGAAUCACGGGGGUGGCAGCAUCAUGUUGUGGGGAUGCUUUGCUGCAGUAGGGACUUGUGCACUUCAUAAAAUAGAUGGCAUCAUGAGGUACAAAAAUUAUGUGGAUAUUUUGAAGCAACAUCUCAAGACAUCAGUCAGGAAGUUCAAGCUUGGUCGCAAAUGGGUCUUCCAAAUGGACAAUGACCACAAGCAUACUUCCACAGUUGUGGCAAAAUGUCUUAAGGACAACAAAGUCAAGGUAUUGGAGUGGCCAUCACAAAUCCCUGACCUCAAUCCCAUAGAACAUGUGUGGGCAGAACUGAAAAACCAUGUGCGAGCAAGGAGGCCUACAAAUCUUACUCAGUUACACCAGCUCUGUCAGGAGGAAUGGGUCAAAAUUCCCCCAACUUAUUGUGGGAAGCUUGUGGAAGGCUACCCGAAACGUUUGACCCAAUUUAAACAAUUUAAAGGCAAUGCUACCACAUACUAAUUGAGUGUAUGUAAACUUCUGACCCACUGGGAAUGUGAUGAAAUAAAUAAAAGCUGAAAUAAUUCUUUCUCUCUACUAUUAUUCUGACAUUUCACGUUCUUAAAAUCAAAUGGUGAUCCUAACUGACCUAAGACAGGGAAUUUUUACUAGGAUUAAAUGUCAGGAAUUGUGAAAAACUGAGUUGAAUUGUAUUUGGCUCAGGUGUAUGUAAACUUCAGACGUCCAACUGUAUGUCUCUUUCUUCCUUUUGAGCCUAAACAUAUAGGCAAAAGGUCCCACCUAUAGCGUACGUUCCUCACAUGUGUCUCUCAAACAAUUACACCUCUGCAUACAACUAUCAGACAAAGGAUUGAUUUCACUCACCAUGACUGUGCAAGUGCUACAACUCAUAUCAAUAUUAUAAACCCAAAGAAAACUGUAUAUCAGGUGACACGCUUCUGAAAGUCUACACCCUCAACUCUACCUCAAACAGAUGAGGCUUGAGGCUGACGAUGUCCUAAAAUUGACACCGUACAUUAUUUUGUCUAUAGGUGGUAUCUAGACUUGUCCCUGCUCAGUCUUGUAUAGUGCUUGCCUUCUCUAUGGUUGACUGUAUGCUUACUACUGUAAGCAAGUGUGUGUAUGUUACCACUGUUAGCAAGUGUGUGUGUGUGGGUAUGUGUUAAGUGUGGCUUUUCGAUUUGAUUGAGACUGGUCGAAGAAGGGUUAAAUCUUAUAUGACAAAAACAGUGGAGUGUGUACUUUACAUGUGUGUACUUAAGGUUGGGGCUUAUGCAGUUCUGAUUAAGAAAAACAAAAAAACAAUUCAUUCCACUGUUAUUUUACGCUUCAAUGUGAGAAUGUUGGCCAAUACAGAUGUCAAUGUACGGUGAAACACAAUAGCCAGAUUAUUCUACUGCUAUGCACCCCUAUCUUUCUCUACUGUACAUGUCAAUUUCUAUAUCCAGCACUUGUUCUGUUAUCUAAUUUAGGAACACUGUAGAAUAAUGCCACUAAUAAUGUUUUCAGUCUAUUGUAAAAUAAACCAUUUGUAAUGAAAUUAAGAAAAAAAACCCUAUUUUAAUACACACUUCAUGGCUUUGAUUUCCUAUAAUUUAUUUCUGACCUUCAGACAUCAUCACUGCUCCAUUUAAACACACGGGGUUCUCAUAAUUAAUUGUUACAGAGAAGUGUCACGUAGGCUAAUAAUGAAUGUAUAGUAUAUCUAGGCUAGUAGUCUGUGAAAUAAUUUAGAGACAGGAAAUCAUACUGAUAGCAUGAUCAGGGUGCUGAAGGAUGAUGGUACAUAAAAUCAGGGAAGAAGCUAUUCCUAGUCUCAAAUGAUCAUGUAUUUUGUUCCUGUACCUAAUAAGAGUAUAGAAAGAACAGGAUCUAACAUAAUUCCCAGGUGGUCGUCUUACUCUGUAAUCUUUGUUUCUGCUUUCUCCACACUAAGACCCUUCAUAAAUGUCCAACUUCCUAUUAAUACAUGUCACCCAAAACACACAAAUGUGUAUUGUUUAAAAUGGAGCCACAAGACCCAGCAGAAAGAGAGAAGGGGAAGAAAACGGCCAAUUGUGUUUCCACACACACAGCCAGCACCAACUCAGGUCAUGAGAGUGACCUGCUUGACCGGCUUGGCCUGAAGUGAAACCACCAUAGUGUCCUGUGACUGGACUUGUGUCCAGUUCACGAGUUCCCACCAGACCUGGGUUCAAAUAGUGUUUGCUUCCUCUCAAAUACUUUGAUCUAGGGCUCUAUUCACUCUGUAAAGCUGAAGCGUUCCAGAAUCCACGACAGAAAUGUAAAGGUCACCGUGAAUGCAGACUCCGCUGAGGCGAGAACGUUGCCUUUUAACUUUUCAAUCACGCUGUACAGCUGAACUUCUGCGGUGCGGAGUGAAUAGAGCCACGCGUUGUGUUCGAUUGAGCCUGCUUGGAGUGCUGAAAGGGUGGUGUUUGCAGUUCUAGGACUAUAUUUCCUUGUUGAUUCCAUACCGCCAGGCAAGCUCAAUCAAGCGCAGCUGAAGUAUUUGAAAGACAUAACGCGAUCUCAACACAGGUCUGCUUCGCACACACACACACACACACAUCAAAAUGCGACAUCAACAUUCUGUUCUGUGUGUGUCGAAGCCUGACAUUGUCUGAACAAAACAACAUCAGGACAGUUAUGAUACACUAUCCAUGCCUCAAAAUAGACCACUCUUCUGUUCUCCCUAGUCGUUAACCCUUCACCUCUGGACAGAGGGUGUCUCAGUCAGGAGAACACAUGAUGUGAAUGCCUUGCAGAAGGACCAGAGGGAGCUGCAAAACAAUAUCAGAUGAUAGUUGGUCAUUUACUGUACUGCUGUAGCCAUACAGGAUGGUCUCUGUAAUGUUGGGGAAACACGUUUGCCACAUUAGGCUGUAUACCUAUUUAGUCACGCUACUCAGUACCUCAGGUAUGGUAUGGUCCAAAUUUGUGAUAACAAAAAUUGGAUGAGAUUGUGUUUUCAAACAUUUCUGACCAAAAUCCCAUGCAUAUUGCUUAUCAGUCAUGGUCAUUUUCUAAUAUUUUUUCAGUGCGGUAU